AUGGCCAACCCUCAGGGCCCUGCCUCGGCAAUGAUUCAUCAAUCAAACCAAGUAUUGUAUCAUUCUGGUUUUGAUUCACAAUCAGGUCGAAUCAUUUCUCAUUCAUGUAGUAUGAAUGGUGGUUUUCCUUAUGAGCAUUGUUACCCUCAUGUAUCAUCACAACAAAUUCCGAUGCAAAACCUCCACUACACAAAACUACCCGUAAUGAGCAAUAAUUUCCCUCAACAAGAUCACCAAGUGAUUUCACAUAUGGUGGAUAAUUCUCAACUUAGAUCGCAGCAGCAAAUGCAAACGAUUAAUAAUGUUAGUCAUCUAGCAGCUCGACCCUUUCCCCAUUCAAUUAACUCAAUAAUUUCACCAUGUCAAAAUACUAAUCAGAUUGUGAUUCCUAUGCAGCAACAGCAAUAUGAUCUUUCUCUACCACCUUUUCAUCAAUCUAAACAACAACAGUAUCAAACUACCCAUCAAAAUGGUGAUGAAGGUAAUAAUGAUAAUGAUUUUAUCCCGGUUCGUAACAAUAAAAAAACUAAAAUCAAUCAUCAGAUAACUACUGGUUCUGAAACGGAUUCUUCUGCAUCGUACACUGUCCCGAAUCAGGCUACAUCAAUAAAUACAGAUAGUGUUAUUGAUUCGACAUCGUCCUAUCUACAGAUACCCAAACGUCAGACAAAUAAUAUUCGUUCAAAUGAUAUCAUCAAUGGUAUAUCACAACAAGCUCGAAGAUUUGCUGAAACAAGAUAUGCUUUUCCACCGUUCAUUAUUAAAUUUAAUCAAAAUGUUGCAGAAAAUGUUAUUAUUCAAGACCUUGUACAAUAUUAUAGAAAUAUUAAUAAUAUUAAAAUCGAAUUUGACGGUCACCGUUUGAAACAAAAACAAGAAUUGUUAUUGUUCGUUAAAAAUCGAGAGUCGUUUGCUGCAUUAUUCGAUGAAAAAACUUGGCCACAAACGUUAGGUACCUUUAAAUUUACUCGUGUUGUACCAAAACAUCUACCUCCACAAUUUUCCAUUGUUCUACGUAAUGUACCAACUGAUGUUAAUAUUGAUGAUUUGUUAAGAGAUAUACAAGUGGAUUAUUUGGAUGUUAUCAACGCAUUUAGAAUCAUAAAUAAAGAAAAGCAACCAACAACAUUAGUUCGUUUAGAUAUUAGUAACCCAAUGAUAAUGAAUGACCUUCUGAGCAAGAAAUUUAUCUAUGCCAAUAAUGUUCGCUAUUCAUUGAUGGAGUAUAUGAGCCCAGUUAAAGUUUUAUUAUGUUCAAAAUGUUUUGAAAUCGGUCAUUUUCGUAGUUCUUGCACACAUCAAUUGGAUGUCUGUAAAACUUGUGGGGAAGAAGCAGCUGAUAUUCAACAACACCUACUUCAAUGUAAUAAGCGACAAAAUUGUGUACGCUGCAAAGGUGAUCAUGAAUCAAAUGAUGUUCGUUGUCCUAUGAUCAAAAGCUAUCGGUCAGCAUUAACCAAAUCAUUAUUAACAACAACAACGAGUAAAAACAACAACGAUCAAAAUAAACAGGGGUAUUUUCAAGUAGCCGAUAGCGAAUUCCCGUUACUUGAUAAUCGCCGUUCAAAUCAGUACAAUGAUCGUUUAUCAACUUUAGAAAGUAGAAUCAUACAACUUGACGAUAAUUUAAAUCGAAUUAUUGAUAUGAACGAACGAUUUGAAACGGUAUUAAAUAAACAAAAACAAUUAAUAGAAGUACAACAGAUUGAUGUUACGUUUCAACAAGAAUUUGUUAGUCAAUUUAUUACUCCUGUUUGCCAACUUGUUUUAGAAGUUGUUCCAUCAUUAAUUGAACAAAAUAUGGUCAGGGAUUCAUCAAUAUUAGCCUCAUCAUUAACAGCUUAUUGUGAUAAACUUACAAAUGAGUUUACCAAAUGGAUGACGAGACAUACAGAUAAUGAAGAUAAAAAACAUGAUUUAUUAUUAAAAUUAAGACAUUCUCAUCAACAGCAGGAAGGUAAGACAACACAGAGUGACGAUAAUCAAAUGAACGUUAUAUGA